AAGCAUCAGACAACGGAGCUGCAGAGCCUGGGUCCAGCCAUGCGCGUCUCUGAUCUCGCUUUAGCGGGUAGCUACCAAAAGAUUCAUCCUUCAUAGCUUCCGAAUUCUCAAUUCCUAUCCAUACCUUCCACAACUACAUUGCGUCUUGAGCGUCGAGUAUCAUGGCAGGACCAGUUCGACAACCCAUCGAUAUCUCCUCGCUGGAGAAGUACAUUGAGAAGAAUGUCGCUGAUAUCAAGACUCCAAUUACUCUCAAGCAGUUCGGCUUUGGCCAGUCCAACCCCACAUACCAAAUCACUGACGCGCGGGGAUCCAAGUUUGUGAUGCGCAAGAAGCCGCCGGGGAAGCUUGUAUCGAAGAGUGCGCACAAGGUCGAGCGGGAGUACCGGAUCAUAAACGCGUUGCAAAACACGGACGUACCAGUACCCAAGACAUAUGGGCUAUGCGAGGACGACUCGGUGGUUGGAACACCAUUUUAUAUCAUGGAAUUUUUGGAUGGAAGGAUCGUGACGGAGCCGCAUUUCCCUGGAGUCUCCCCCGAAGAGAGAAAUGAGAUGUGGCACGAUGCGGUACGAACAUUAGCCAAGCUUCACAGGAUAAAUCCAGCCUCAAUUGGACUUUCAACAUUCGGAAAGCCAACUGGCUUCUACAAUCGUCAAAUCAACACCUUCACUCAACUCGGAGACGCACAGAGCGUUGCAAAGGACGUCGAGACAGGCCAGGCAGUCGGCAAGGUCCCACGCUUCGACGAGCUAGUUCAGUAUUUCAGCGAUCCCAAAAGCCAGCCGAAAGAUCGGGGUAAUCCAAUCCAUGGUGACUAUAAAAUCGACAAUCUAGUGUACCACAAGACAGAGCCUCGCGUCAUUGGAAUAUUAGACUGGGAGAUGGCAACUAUCGGCCAUCCGCUUUCUGAUCUUUCGAAUCUCAUUGUACCUUGGACAAUCACCGCCUUCGAUACCUCCCGCCGGAACUCUCAUCCCGCCUUCCACCCCUUCAACCAUCCCGCAGGUCUUCCGUCUCGCGCUCAAUGCAUCUCGUGGUACCGUGAUGUUGCUGGUUGGGACCCCGCCCCCGAAAUCGCGUGGGGAACUGCCUUCGCUAUGUGGCGAGACAGUGUCAUUUUUCAAGGUAUUGCGGCGAGAUAUGCGGUGCGUCAGGCGAGUAGCGAGCAGGCGAAGAAUGUAGGAGAAGAGAUGAGACCGGCCGCCGAGAUAUGCUGGAAACUGGUUGAGCAAGCGAAGGAGCAAAAGAGUCUGGCGGCGAAGCUGUAGGCUCUGGCAGAUCGUUCACGUCUAUGAGGACUUUCUCGGGAUGCACUAAUAUGUAUAUCUCUAUCGAAUAAAUUCAGGU